CUUAACUGACAGGUUCAAAACAAAUAGAGCCCUUCCCAUACUCCAGUGACCUUUAGAAUCCACUUCCAUCGCAUCCCCACCCAGACAACCACACCACCAUCACAAUGCUCUACACCGAAGACAACAAACUCAUUUUCCGGUUCGACGACCACCUCCUCUGGAUCCAGCCAUGGGGCGACAAUGCGCUCCGAGUAAGAGCCACAAAACUGGCCUCCAUGCCCACCGAAGACUGGGCCUUAUCCUCCAAGAUCCCAUCAACCGAACCUACCAUCAGCAUCGAAGAGCACAAAGACUCCAGUAUCACCAACGGCAAGAUCACAGCCAAAGUAUCCCAACGCGGCAAGAUCACCAUCUACAACCACAAAGGAGACAAGCUGCUCGAAGAAUACGCUCGCAAUCGUCGCGAUCUCAAGGACCCCAAAUGCAGCGCCCUAGAAGUCGAAGCUCGCGAACUGCGACCAAUCCUAGGAGGCGACUUCCAUCUGACCAUGCGAUUCGAGUCGCUGGAACCUAAAGAGAAGAUCUACGGAAUGGGGCAGUACCAACAGCCCUUCCUCAAUCUCAAGGGCGCGGAUAUCGAGCUAGCGCAUCGGAACUCUCAAGCCAGUGUCCCCUUUGCGCUCUCCUCCCUUGGUUACGGGUUCCUGUGGAACAACCCGGCUAUCGGACGAGCUGUGCUAGGGACGAACACCAUGAGCUUUGAAGCUUACUCUACCAAAGUGCUCGACUACUGGGUCGUCGCAGGAGACAGCCCAGCUGAGAUCGAGGAAGCCUACAGCAAAGUCACCGGCUAUGUGCCGAUGAUGCCCGAAUACGGCCUCGGGUUCUGGCAAUGCAAGCUGCGAUACUGGAAUCAGGAACAGCUUCUUGACGUCGCACGAGAAUACAAGCGACGAAACAUACCAUUAGAUCUCAUUGUCGUUGACUUCUUCCACUGGAAACAUCAAGGAGAAUGGAGCUUCGAUCCCGAGUUCUGGCCUGAUCCGGACGCCAUGAUCAAAGAACUCCAAUCCCUAAACGUCGAGCUGAUGGUCUCCGUCUGGCCAACCGUCGAAAACGCAUCAACCAACUACCCCGAAAUGCUCGAAAAGGGCCUCCUAAUCCGCCACGACCGGGGGCUCCGCGUAUCCAUGCAAUGCAACGGCGACAUCACACACUUCGACGCCACGAACCCGGCCGCACGCGCCUACGUCUGGAGCAAAGCGAAACAAAACUACUACGACAAAGGCAUCAAAGUAUUCUGGCUCGACGAAGCCGAACCCGAAUACUCCGUCUACGACUUCGACCUCUACCGGUACCACGCCGGCAGCAACCUGCAAAUCGGCAACAUCUUCCCUAAAGAAUACGCGCGGGGGUUCUACGAAGGCAUGGAAUCGGCAGGACAAACCAACAUCGUCAAUCUCCUACGGUGCGCCUGGGCCGGGAGCCAGAAGUACGGCGCCCUAGUUUGGAGCGGCGACAUAGCGUCCUCGUGGUCGUCGUUCCGCAACCAACUAGCGGCCGGACUAAACAUGGGUCUGGCAGGGAUACCCUGGUGGACGACAGACAUCGGGGGCUUCCAUGGAGGCGAUCCAUCGGACCCAGCAUUCCGGGAGCUAUUCACCCGCUGGUUCCAAUGGGGGGCAUUCUGUCCUGUGAUGAGACUGCACGGCGAUCGGGAACCCAAGCCGGAGAACCGGCCUACGGAUUCAGGAUCCGAUAAUGAAAUCUGGUCGUAUGGUGAGGAAGUCUACGAGAUCUGUAAAAAGUACAUUGGGAUUCGCGAGGAGUUGCGCGAUUACACGAGAGGGUUGAUGAAGGAGGCGCACGAGAAGGGAACGCCCGUCAUGCGUACACUGUUCUAUGAGUUUCCUGCUGACAAGAAAGCAUGGGACGUCGAGACGGAAUAUCUCUUUGGCUCGAAGUACCUUGUUGUGCCGGUGUUCGAGGCUGGGAGGAGAUCUAUCGAGGUGUAUUUGCCGGCUGGGGCGUCGUGGAAGGUUUGGGAUCAGGAUGAUGUGAUACAUGAGGGAGGGAAGGUGGUUCAGGUGGAGUGUCCGAUUGAGACGAUGCCGGUAUUUGUCAGGGUUUGAGUGAGAGUCUCGUGGGAUAUUUUGUAUUUGGGUUUGGCAGUUGCCUGGCGGUGAUGGGAUGAAUUGAUGUAUUCGACAGGGGGGAUAGGGUUGGAUGUAUCAACUUGCAAAUUGUCAGAGGGAGAGAUAAGUUCAGCCACUAUCC